UUACGGUCUAAGGUCCGUCUUCUGACUCUCUCAUCAGACUCUCCCACCUGUGUUCCCAUUUUCCUCCACUUUCUCCCCCUUUUUUUCCCAAUUCUCCCGAGAAUUUUAUCAAUCCUAAACACCUUUGAUUCGAUCUUCAUUUUUCGGUUAUUUAUAAUCAAAUGCGUAAUUAGAUAACGACAUAACUGUAAUUAUGGAGAACGGAAUAGUGGAGAACGGAGUUUGCUCAAAAGAAUCAGUGAAUGGGAGUCGCGAUGUGUGGAGUUGUGAGGAUUCAGAUUCUUCUUCUGCUGAUCAUCUCGUAGUUAUGGUCCAUGGUAUUCUCGGAAGUGCUACUGAUUGGAAAUUUGGAGCAGAGCAGUUUGUUAAAAGGCUGCCUGAUAAAGUGUUUGUUCAUUGUAGUGAACGAAAUAUGUCUAGACUGACUCUGGAUGGUGUGGAUGUGAUGGGUCAGCGGUUGACACAAGAGGUCCUUGAAGUUAUACAAAGAAAGCCAAAUUUGUGUAAAAUCUCUUUUGUUGCUCAUUCUGUUGGAGGUUUAGUAGCAAGAUAUGCAGUUGGUAAACUAUAUAAACCUCCUAGGAUUGAAAAUGUUGACAAUCCAUCAGCUGAUACGUGUGAAAAGAAUUCAUGUGGCACAAUAGGUGGCCUGGAGGCUAUGAAUUUCAUCACUGUUGCUACCCCACAUCUUGGUUCUAGGGGUAAUAAGCAGGUACCUUUUCUCUUUGGUGUAAGUGCCUUUGAGAAAGUUGCAAAUGCUGUUAUUCAUUUGAUUUUUGGGAGAACAGGUCGGCAUCUUUUUCUAAAUGAUAAUGAUGAGGGAAAGCCUCCAUUGCUAAGAUGCAUGAUAGAAGAUGAUGGUGAAAACUAUUUCAUGUCUGCACUGUGCACUUUCAAACGGCGGGUGGCUUAUUCAAACGUGGGCUAUGACCAUAUCGUUGGCUGGAGAACAUCAUCAAUAAGACGUGAUAGUGAAUUGCCAAAUUGGGAAGAUUCACUUAAUGAGAAAUAUCCACACAUUGUAAAUGAAGAACACUGCAAGGCAUGUGAUGCAGAACCUAAUUCAGUGGAAGAUUCUGGUGACAAGCUAGAGGAGGAACUGGUGACAGGCCUAUCUCGAGUUUCAUGGGAAAAAGUAGAUGUUAGCUUUCACAGCAGCAGACAGAGGUUUGCUGCUCAUAGUGUUAUACAGGUGAAGGAUGAAGUCAUGCAUGUUGAAGGUGCAGAUGUCAUACAUCAUAUGAUCGAUCAUUUUCUUACUUAGAAGUCAUUUACGCUCAGAAUUAACACAUACAAGCCAGUGGUAGAAGGUUCGCCUAGGUGAAUAUGUCGUGAAUCUAGGAGUGGACCAGUUGCAUAAUAUGCGAUUAAAUUCAGUCACAAGAAAUUUUAUUUAUUUAUCAACUAUUAUUUUGUACAUGUUUACAAUAUUUGUUUAUCGAUUGAUUAAACUAUGUAUACAAAUAAUAUGUAAAAUUUUAUAUACAAGUAACAAUGUAUGAUUAUAUAAUUGAGUGUC